AUGUGCCGCAGNGUUGCAGCAAAGGCCGGCAACACGGCCAAUGCACUCGGUAGGAUACUACCAAACGUUGGAGGCGUGAGAUCAGAAAUAAGGAAACUCCUGGCGGUAGCGGUCACAAACCAGCUGCUAUACGCAGCCCCCAUAUGGGCAGGCGCUUUGAUCCACAGCAACAACGUGAAGGCAAUCGAGGUGCCUCAGAGAAAGAUAGCACUGAGGAUAUGCAUGGCGUACAGGACGGUCUCCACAGAAGCCGCGCUGGUGGUGGCCGGCUUGAUCCCCGCCCACCUGGCAGCCAUGGAGAGCCAGAAAAGGUAUAACGCGGGCAAGAUCCAACAGGCAAUAGACAAGUACGCGUAUCGUGGAGUCACCAUUGCCAACUGGCAAGCCGAGUGGCGCAACGCCACAAAAGGUAGGUGGACAUGUAGGCUGAUCGGGGACGUGGAGAAGUGGAUUAGACGGAAGCAUGGAGAAGUAAAUUACCACCUCACGCAAAUGCUAACCGGGCACGGGUGCUUCGAUCAUUACCUCCACAGGUUUAAAAAGCGCGGAAGCCUCGUAUGUGUGGACUGUGGCAGCGAGGUAGACAAUGCAGAACACACAAUUUUCAGGUGCGACAGAUGGUGGCGUUACAGGAGAGCCCUGGAGGUAACCCUAGGGUGCGACAAGGAGCCAGAAUCAGUAAUCGGCAGGAUGAUCGAGGACAAGGGCAAGUGGUCUGCAGUUACACAGUUCGUCGACAAGGUUCUGUCGACUAAAGAAGAAGAGGAAAGGGCGACUCAGAGGGCGCAUGCACGUGCCCCAGAUCAAGGGACUUGA